AUGGAACGACAAACAAUAAAUAACGCGGCCAUGGAAAUGCACAUGCAAGAAAAUGGUAUGGAGUACAUUAUGGAUAACUCAGAGAUAGGUAUGCAGGAAUAUGUGCAUGGGUACAUGAUGGAGGAGGAUACGACAGAGAAGAUUGCGGGACAGGAGAUGCAGAUGCAAUUUCAGGGCAACUAUAGCGCAGCAGAAGAUGAAGCUCCCGUUUAUUAUGGAGCUGCUGUUGCAAAUGAUUCCAUUCUUACUCCUGCCUUUGUACAAGAGAAUCGCUUUGCGUCGCAAGUUGUGGGCUGGGAAGCUAAUGCCACUGAGCUUGACGAUUUUACUUUUGUAUACCCUGAUCGCCCUUUGACGCCAAACAACUUUAUUCCUCUUGCUGCGCUUGUACAAGCCGCCAUCAUAGAUCACGACUUAGAUCGACCUUUCGAUGACAUUAUUUGGGCACCUAUAGUAUAUUUCACAGUGGACUUUACAAGCCAUACUGCAUCCGAAGAAGAACUGAGAGGCACUCAAUUCGACAUGAGUAGAAUCAGUACAGCAGUCCAGGGUCUAUACUACAAUUGUGUCAAUGGUCUAGGCAAGCCACUUCGCGACCUCGGUCACCCAAAUAUCGAUUUGCUUGACAGAUACUCGGCUUUUCAGGUUGAAAAGUUUUUGACCUUCGCGAACCUGUAUAGACAGAGACUAGAGCACAACCAACGACCUCUCAAUGCUAGCUUUAGGUAUACGGGUGCAACAUGCAAGUUGAUGUUGUGGGACACGGAUUCGUCUGUUGGGAGAGUCAGACAUGGACGAAUCAAUGCAUACAAGGAAUUUGUCGCUAGAAUGGAGCCGGUAAUCAGAUCCUGCGCCAACGUCUUUCGUCAAACGCAGCCAUAUGUCUACGAUGAAGCAAUUCGAUUGAGAAAUGCUUGUGUUGGUGAACCUGCAGUCGAUAGGUUACCACAAUUAGCACAAAAUUGUUUUGAAACGGUGAGAAUCGUAGCCAAUUGCGCUUUCAAACCAAGACAACUAUCAAAGACAAGACCUUGGACCGUCAUUUUGGUAUUAGGAAAUCAUAUGUUUGGAGGUGGGUUUACUCUUUUCAUGGAUGAGGGAGAUCAGAGAUGGGGGGGACUCGUAACCAGGAACUCAUCGGCGUCGGAUAUUCUCAUUGUCAAUAAUGAGUUUGAGGUGGGUAAUAUACCGUUCGUGACUGAUGAUGGGGCCUCGAUGUAUCUUCUCCAAUUCUCUCUGCCGCGUAUGGGACACGAAUUUGAUAUAAUCUGA